GUGGCUGCUUCAGCUGUGGGUGCUACAUAUACAGCACAUGGUCGCGUUUGAUAGCUGCUCGCAGCGACGGACACAACCGGGCCCCAAACUCAAACUGUUUCAACUCUUAGUUUGCACGUUAAAGUAGUGAAACUUCUUACUUCUGGUAACUGUUACAUGUUUGAAACACUUUGAAGUCAUUUGUCUUUGUUCAGGAGCGUUAUAUAGCGAGUUUGAGGACAUUUAAAAAAACUUUUAUAGUACUCCGCCUGCAGCAGAAGCGAGCAUGUCGACCGGCACAAAGGAAGUUAAAAGCUGCCCCAUCCCCACCAGGGUGCUCACCCUGAAGGACUGGUCCCAGCUACCCGACUGUUACAGCCAGACACCCGGGGGGACCCUCUUCUCCACCACGCCUGGAGGUACCCGCAUCAUCUAUGACAGGAAGUUUCUAUUGGAUUGUCGAAACUCUCCUCUUGCUCGGACCCCCCCAUGCUGUCUGCCCCAGAUCCCAGGGGUAACAGUACCUGCUACACACCCCAUGGGGAAAUUGCAGGAUCUCAAAGAGGAGGCUGAGGAGGAAGAGAAGGACAUUGCAGAUGACAACCAGUUUGAGAUGGACAUCUGAGCUCCAGUAUUACCUCCUGUGGAGAGUUAUUGGUUAAAACACCUCCAAGGUCAUUAAUGACUGUAUUGCAUUACAUAUAAAGCUUUUUUUCACCUUUUUUAAAUAAAAGCUUUUGUGAGGAACCAAAAAGAAUAGGGAAAAGUUAGAAAACUAUAGGGUGUUUUUGACCCUAAUCUGUGUAUUAAGCAAAGCAAUGGUAUUAAAUGAGGUGAUUGGUUGCUCACUCACUUCAGAGCUGCAGCAGGAUUGAAAAAAAAUCCUUUUUGAUUUCACUUUUUUUUAUCUUUUGUAAAUAAGAAAAUUGUACUAUGUAGCCUAUUUUUUAAGUUGGGAAAUAUAAGAUGAUUACAUUACGACAUGUAGAGUUUUUCACUGCAGGCAUCAGUUUUUUGUUGUAUUUCUCCCCCCCCCCCAAAAGAAAGGAUAGAUAACUUUAUUUGUCAUAGGCAAACAAGUGUCUCCUAAUAUUGGGGGUCAGGGCCUACUGAAUAUCAGCUCCAGCUCUGUUUUGUAUGGAGGGAGAGAUGAAAUGUGAAUAAUUUCAAAUAAAGGCUUUUUGAACUGCCA